GAGGGGUUUCUCCAAACAAACCCGAGGCUUGGGAGUGAGAGGGGGGCCGGGCCGGGGAGAGACUGGCCGGCUCCGGAAUGUUCCAGGCAGCAGGAGGGUGAGGGUCCCAGGGGUCUCUGCCCUGAGCGCCCUCCCCCUCCACCCUGGCUCUCCCAUCCCCAUCGCCCCGCCAGUGGGGAGGGACCCAAGCCGCUUCCCCGCCACCGAUCCAGGGGUUAGGGAGCCCCCCAGAGGGAACCACCAGGUGAGGGGACUUCUCAGGCCCUCUGGGGGCGGCAGGUGUAGGGAGAAGGGGGUUCCUAAUCAGGGGCCCCCCCAACCUAGCCACCACCACAGUGCUCCUCCUCCCUGCAGCUCCACUGUGACCCAGACCAGGCCGGGCCCAGUUGCCCACACUGGCCGGGGCCCUGGAAUGUCCCGGGGCCCAGCCGGGGUUGGUGGGAUGGGAGUGGGUUUGCACAGCCAGUGCCCCUCUCCAGUUACACGCUAGGGACCCAAGCCUGGCCACAGAGCUACCUCCGGGCCAAGGUACUCUGGGGACAGACUUCCUGACCUGGAAGGGGAAUUAGAGCUUCAAAGGCGAAGCCUCAGCCCAGACCCCUGCCAGGCAGGCCCUAAAUAGUGUCCUGAGUGGACUCUGAAGGGGGCUCGUCCCAGAGGAGGCAGGAUUAAACCAGCCCUCGGGCACGAAGGCAGGAGAAGCCUAAGGACCUGGUGGGAGAAGCCCGAGCUCUGGUACAUUCAGUAAAUUCCAUGCAAAUGAGGGAGGCACAUUGGCACAUUCUUCCAAGUGACAGCUCCAGCCAGCCUAAGGGCUGCCGGCCAAGGCUUAGGCCUGAGGACCCCGUGGCCCUUAACCCCAUAUAUUUUUGGCAGAUCACUCCCCCCACACACACCCACUUCCAAGGCCCCAAUCCACCUCCUUCCCUGACUCCCGGGACAGGAAGUUGGCCCUGUUCCCAGGAGGGAGGCAGGAGGCCCACGGAGGGGGUUGGAGCAUGUGUUGGGAGGGGGCCUCCUGUCCAGUCCUUAGGCCUGGGACAGCUGCUGAGCAAGGAGAGCAGAGCUAGGAGGGCCAUGAAGCCUCGGAAAGCCGAACCACAUAGCUUCCGGGAGAAGGUGUUCCGCAAGAAACCACCGGUCUGCGCGGUGUGUAAGGUGACCGUCGAUGGGACUGGAGUCUCAUGCAGAGUUUGCAAGGUGGCAACACAUAGAAAAUGUGAAGCAAAGGUGACUUCGUCCUGUCAGGCCUUGCCUCCCGCCGAGCUGCGGAGAAACACCGCCCCCGUGAGGCGCAUAGAGCACCUGGGAUCCACCAAGUCUCUGAACCACUCAAAGCAGCGCAGCACCCUGCCCAGGAGCUUCAGCCUGGACCCGCUCAUGGAGCGCCGCUGGGACCUGGACCUCACCUACGUGACGGAGCGGAUCCUGGCCGCCGCCUUCCCCGCGCGGCCCGACGAGCAGCGACACCGGGGCCACCUGCGCGAGCUGGCUCACGUGCUGCAGUCCAAGCACCGCGACAAGUACCUGCUCUUCAACCUUUCAGAGAAAAGACACGACCUGACCCGCCUAAACCCCAAGGUCCAGGACUUCGGCUGGCCCGAGCUGCACGCGCCCCCCCUGGACAAGCUGUGUUCCAUCUGCAAAGCCAUGGAGACGUGGCUCAGUGCUGACCCACAGCACGUGGUCGUACUGUACUGCAAGGGGAGCAAGGGCAAGCUCGGCGUCAUCGUCUCCGCCUACAUGCACUACAGCAAGAUCUCUGCAGGGGCAGACCAGGCGCUGGCCACGCUUACCAUGAGGAAGUUCUGCGAGGACAAGGUGGCCGCGGAGCUGCAGCCCUCCCAGCGCCGGUACAUCAGCUACUUCAGCGGCCUGCUGUCCGGCUCCAUCAGAAUGAACAGCAGCCCCCUCUUCCUGCACUACGUGCUCGUGCCCGUGCUGCCAGCCUUUGAGCCCGGCACCGGCUUCCAGCCCUUCCUCAAGAUCUACCAGUCCAUGCAGCUGGUCUACACCUCGGGAAUCUAUCACAUCGCCGGCCCCGGGCCGCAGCAGCUCUGCAUCAGCCUGGAGCCGGCCCUCCUCCUCAAGGGCGAUGUCAUGGUGACCUGCUAUCACAAGGGUGGCCGGGGGACAGACCGGACCCUUGUGUUUCGAGUCCAGUUCCACACGUGCACCAUCCACGGACCACGGCUCACUUUCCCCAAGGACCAGCUGGACGAGGCCUGGGCUGAUGAGAGGUUCCCAUUCCAAGCCUCCGUGGAGUUCGUCUUCUCCUCCAGCCCUGAAAAGGUCAAAGGCAGCACCCCACGGAAUGACCCUUCGGUCUCCGUUGACUACAACACCGCAGAGCCCGCCGUGCGCUGGGACUCCUACGAGCACUUCAAUCAGCACCACGAGGACAGCGUGGACGGCUCCCCCACCCACACCCGGGGACCUCUGGAUGGCAGUCCCUACGCCCAGGUGCAGCGGGCCCCCCGCCAGACCCCGCCGGCACCCUCCCCGGAGCCACCUCCGCCCCCCAUGCUCUCCGUCAGCAGCGACUCCGGCCACUCGUCCACGCUGACCGCCGAGCCGGCCGCCGAGUCCCCUGGCCGGCCUCCCCCGACGGCCGCCGAGCGCCAGGAGCUGGACCGCCUCCUGGGGGGCUGCGGGGUGGCCGGGCCGGGCCGGGGCGCCGGGCGGGAGACGGCCAUCCUGGACGACGAGGAGCAGCCCCCCGCGGCCGCGGGCCCGCCGCUCGGAGUGUACUCGGGCCGCAGGCCCGGCCUCAGCCGCCACUGCUCCUGCCGCCAGGGCUACCGGGAGCCCUGCGGGGUCCCCAACGGGGGCUACUACCGGCCGGAGGGAACGCUGGACCGGCGGCGGCUGGCCUACGGGGGCUACGAGGGGCACCCCCAGGGCUACGCCGAGGCCGCGGUGGAAAAGAGGCGCCUCUGCCGCUCGCUGUCCGAGGGGCCCUACCCCUACGGCCCGGAGCUGGGGAAAGCCGCCAGCGCGGACUUCGGCUACCGGGCCCCGGGCUACCGGGAGCUGGUGAUCCUGGAGGACCCGGGGCUGCCCGCCCUGUGCUCGUGCCCCGCGUGCGAGGAGAAGCUGGCGCUGCCCACUGCGGCCCUGUACGGGCUGCGGCUGGAGCGGGAGGCCGGGGAGGGGUGGGCGGGCGAGGCGGGCAAGCCUCUGCUGCACCCGCUGCGCCCCGGGCACCCGCUGCCCCUGCUGGUGCCUGCCUGCGGCCAUCACCACGCCCCCAUGCCCGACUACGGCUGCCUGAAGCCGCCCAAGGCCAGCGAGGACGGGCACGAGGGCUGCUCCUGCGCCCUGUGCCCCGACGGCAGGUAUGGGCAUCCGGGGUACCCGGCCCUGGUGACCUACGGCUACGGAGGAGCGCUCCCCAGUUACUGCCCGGCGUACGGCAGGGUGCCUCAGAGCUGUGGCUCCCCGGGUGAGGGCAGGGGGUACCCCAGCUCCGGUGCCCACUCCCCCCGGGCCGGCUCCGUCUCCCCGGGCAGCCCGCCCUACCCACCACCCAGGAAGCUGAGCUACGAGAUCCCCGCGGAGGAGGGAGGGGACAGGUACCCGAUGCCUGGGCACCUGGCCCCAGCAGGACCCCUGGCAUCCGCAGAGUCACCCGAGCCGGCGUCCUGGAGGGAGGGCCCCAGCGGGCACAGCACCCUGCCUCGCUCCCCCCGUGAUGCUCCACGCAGCGCGCCCUCCGAGCUCUCGGGGCCCUCCACGCCCUUGCACACCAGCAGCCCGGUCCAGGGCAAGGACGGCACCCGACGGCAGGACACCACGUCCCCCACCUUGGUGCCCACCCAGAGGCCAAGUCCCGGCGAGCCCUUGCCGUCCGUUCCCCAGGGAGGCGCCGAAGAAAAGGCUCCCGAGGCGCCAGCGAGGAGCGGGCUUGAGCUCCCGGCCCCGAGCCCCUUCCCCGCCGCCUCCCCGCCCGGCUCACCCCACGACUGGCCUCAGGAGAGGAGCCCAGGGAGCCGCUCGGACAGCGCCAGCCCCCGGGGCCCCGUGCCCACCACGCUGCCUGGCCUCCGCCAUGCCCCCUGGCAGGGCCUCCGAGACCCGCCGGAUAGUCCGGACGGGUCCCCCCUCACCCCCGUGCCUACCCAGAUGCCCUGGCUCGUGGCCAGCCCGGAGCCGCCGCAGAGCUCCCCCACGCCUGCCUUCCCCGUGGCCGCUUCCUAUGACAUCAGCGGCCCCUCGCAGCCGCCACUGCCCGAGAAACGCCACUUGCUGGGACCUGGGCAACAGCCAGGGCCCUGGGGCCCCGAGCAGGCCUCCCCACCAGCCAGGGGCACCAGUCACCAUGUCACCUUUGCACCUCUGCUCCCGGACCAAGUCCCCCAGCCCCCAGAGCCCCCUGCGCAAGAGAGCCAGAGCAACGUCAAGUUCGUCCAGGAUACGUCCAAGUUCUGGUACAAACCACACCUGUCCCGUGACCAAGCCAUUGCCCUGCUGAAGGACAAGGACCCUGGCGCCUUCCUGAUCAGGGACAGUCACUCGUUCCAAGGAGCCUAUGGGCUGGCCCUCAAGGUAGCCACAGCUCCACCCAGCGCCCAGCCCUGGAGAGGGGACCCCCUGGAGCAGCUGGUGCGCCAUUUCCUCAUUGAGACUGGGCCCAAAGGGGUGAAGAUCAAGGGCUGUCCCAGCGAGCCCUACUUUGGCAGCCUGUCCGCCCUGGUGUCCCAGCACUCCAUCUCCCCGCUGUCCCUGCCCUGCUGCCUGCGCAUCCCCAGCAAAGAUCCUCUGGAGGAGACCCCAGAGGCCCCGGCGCCCGCCAACAUGAGCACGGCGGCAGACCUCCUCCGUCAGGGCGCCGCCUGCAGCGUGCUCUACCUGACCUCGGUGGAGACCGAGUCCCUGACGGGCCCGCAGGCGGUGGCCCGGGCCAGCUCGGCAGCUCUGAGCUGCAGCCCCCGGCCGACCCCAGCCGUCGUCCACUUCAAGGUCUCGGCCCAGGGCAUCACGCUGACAGACAACCAAAGGAAGCUCUUCUUUCGCCGCCAUUACCCGGUGAACAGUAUCACCUUCUCCAGCACCGAUCCUCAGGACCGGAGAUGGACCAACCCCGACGGGACCACCUCCAAGAUCUUUGGUUUCGUGGCCAAGAAGCCGGGAAGCCCAUGGGAGAACGUGUGUCACCUGUUCGCAGAGCUUGACCCAGACCAGCCCGCGGGCGCCAUUGUCACCUUUAUCACCAAAGUCCUACUGGGCCAGAGAAAGUGAAGGCAGAGGCCACAAGCUCGGAGCCCACGCCAACACCGCGCACCUCUCAGCACCCCACAGUCCUCACUUCCCCGGGCCCAGGAGCCCCAGGAGCCAGCCCCCUCCGUCGGGAGCGGGGAGCCCGGGACACUGCUCUCCUCCCUGCCCCCAGCCUGCUAAGCCAAGUGGAUGGGCCUGUGAGAGGACCCCGCAUGUGCGCAGAUGGCAGAGACGGGCGUGUGAAGGGUGAGGCGGCAUCGGCAGUUGGACCCCGGGGGGAUCUGGACAGCCCCGCGUGCAGAACGUCAGGCCUGGAGGGGAGACAGGGCUUGCCAGCUCCACCCAGCUGCAGGUCCCAGCCUGGCAGGCCGGGGAGGCGGGCGGGGAGCAAGGCACUCCCUCCUCUGCCUCCCCUCCGAGCAGAGGGAUCAGAGUGGGAUCACAUGAAUAGGGGAGAAAAAAAAAAAAGAGUCUAUUUUUGUCUAAUAAAGAAUUUCUAGAACAUUA